UUAGAAGUUUUAACUACUUCAUAGUUUCAAGCUGUAGAAGUUGACUAUUUUCAAACAGUUUACCAAAGUUAAGAAUAUCUGCAAUCUACAAAAAUGGCUUCUGACAAAAAAGUUAAAUUUCCUGAAAAAUUUAUGAUUGGAACCGGAUCCAGUGCGUAUCAAAUUGAAGGUGCAUGGGACGCAGAUAACAAGGCUCCUAGUAUCUGGGAUGAUUAUUUCCAUAUUAAAAAAUACACCGAACCACCAACGGUUUCGUUUUCAGCUCCAAAGAAAAAUAUUAAUGAUUUUCACAAAGGAACUGAACUCCCAACUCUUUAUUCGGAAACUACUACGACAUAUAUCAAUGGGGAUAUUGCUUGUGAUUCUUAUAAUAAACUCGAUGAAGAUAUUGACAACUUGGUUGAACUUGGAGUUAAUACGUACCGGUUUUCUAUAAGUUGGCCCAGAGUUUUGCCAGAUGCUGAUGACCGAAACCCAAACUAUAUUGGAAUUAAAUAUUACGAAACGUUAAUUAAAAAACUUAUUGCAAAAAAAAUUACACCACUGGUAACAAUAUAUCACUGGGAUAUGCCUAGCAUUCUUCAAGACCUUGGUGGAUGGUCGAAUCCAAAUAUUGUUGAAUAUUUUGUAAAUUACGCAAAUUUCCUUUUCAGAACAUUUGGCAAAUAUGUCAAAUAUUGGACUACAAUUAAUGAACCCAGAUUGGUAGUUAAUGCUUAUGGUAAUGAGCUCUUGGCGCCCAGUAUUGGUGAAAUGUUCAACGGUAUCGCCGACUACAUGGCCGCUCGCAAUGUGUUGCUUGCUCACGCAGCAGUUUACAGGUUGUACAAGAAAGAUCAUUUCGCCGAGCAACAGGGUUAUAUCAGUAGUUUGUGUUUUGACACAAUGGCGUUUUUUCCAAAAGAUCCGAAAUCAGAAGAGGACAAACAUACUGUUUCAAAAGCAUACGACUUUAUGCUUGGAUUAUUCGCUCAGCCAUUGAUUGACGGCAACUUUCCAAAAUCAGUGAUAGAUGGUGUCGCCAAAACAAACAAAAUUGAAAAUAUAGCUUUAAAGCGUAUCGUCGAAUUUAGCGAGGAAGAAAAAAAUGAUAUCAAAGGUUCUUAUGAUUUUAUUGCUUUCAAUUAUUACGAUUCGGCCAAGGUAACACCAAUGGUCGAUGAACAAUACGUAAAACAGAAAUAUUUACAAAAAAGAGAUUUUGGCGUAGCAUUUGACAUAGCGAAUAUAACCAUGGAAGAUACCUUUAAAGGAUUUACUGAGGUAGUAACUUGGUUUAAAAAAAAAUUUGGCGAAACUACGGAACUGUUUAUUGCUGAAAAUGGCUUUGCUGAAAAAUAUGGUACAGAUGAAACUGAUAAAAAAAUCAAAUAUCAUACUGGCAUUUGGACUGAACUUGAAAAAGCCUUAAACGAUGGUGUUGCUAUUAAAGGGUAUUGUGUUUGGUCGUUUAUGGAUUCGUUGGAAUGGACAAGUGGAUAUUUUAAAAAAUCGUACGGUAUAUAUAGAGUGGACUUUAACGACCCAAAAAGACCCCGUUCCAAGAAGUCGUCAUUUGCGUUUUUCAAACAUCUAUUCGAAACCAAAUCGUUGCUAUUUACCAAAGUUAAGACUCUGCAACCUAAAAAAAUGGCUUCUGAUAAAAAAUUUAAGAUUGCUGAUGACUUUUUGAUUGGAACCGGAUCUAGUGCGUUUCAAAUUGAAGGUGGAUGGAAUCAAGAUAAAAAGAGUCCUAGUAUCUGGGAUGAUUAUUUCCACACUAAAAAUCUCAAAGUCACCAAUCCAACAAUUGCUAAGUCAGCACCCCGGAAGAAAUACACUAAUUUUCACAGAGGAACAGAUUUCGAACCUUUAGAUGAAACUAAUAAUAUGGAGAUAAUCAAUGGAGAUAUUGCUUGUGAUUCUUAUAAUAAACUCGACGAAGAUAUUAAAAACUUGGUUGAACUUGGAGUUAAUACUUACCGAUUUUCUAUAAGUUGGCCCAGAGUUUUGCCAACUGCCGAUGACCGAAACGAAAACGAACCUGGAAUUAAUUAUUACAAAUUGUUAAUUAAAAAUCUUAUUAAAAACAAAAUUACACCUGUGGUAACGAUGUACCACUGGGAUCUGCCGAACAUUCUUCAAGGCCUAGGUGGAUGGUCGAAUCCACACAUUGUUGAAUAUUUUGUAAAUUACGCAGAUUUUCUUUUCAGAACAUUUGGCAAAGAUGUAAAAUAUUGGACAACAAUCAAUGAACCCAGAUUCGUAGCUAAUGCUUAUGGUGAUGAAACAAUGGCGCCCAGUGUUGGUGUAGUGUUCAACGGUUUUGCCGAAUACAUGGUCAUUCGUAAUUUGUUGCUUGCCCACGCAGCAGUUUACAGGAUGUACAAGAAAAAGUACUACGAAACACAGAAGGGUAAGAUCAGUUUGUGUUUUGACACUGCGGCGUAUUUCCCAGAAAAUCCUAAACUGCAGGCGGACAUCGAUGCUGUUCCAAAAGCAUUCGAUUUUAUGCUUGGAAUAUUCACUGAACCAUUGAAAAACGGCAAUUUUCCAGAUUCAGUGUUAAAAUCUAUCGCUGAUACAAACAAACGUGAAAAAAUAACUAUAAAGCGUAUCAUUGAAUUUAGCGAGACAGAAAAAAAAGAUAUCAUAGAUUCAUAUGAUUUUAUUGCUUUCAAUUAUUAUGAUUCAUUCAAGGUACAAGGAAUAACCGAUGAUGAUUACAAAGAACAAGAUUUUUUGUUAAAUAAAGAUUUAAGAGUAAAAGUUAUACCGAAUGGAACAAACUUGGCAGAUACCUUUCAAGGAUUUACUAAUGUGGUAGAUUGGCUUAAGAAAAAUUUAAACAAACCGGAACUGUUUAUUGCUGAAAAUGGUAUUUAUGAUGCACCGAAUAAAGAAAAUAAUGAAUUAAAAAUUGAAUAUCAUCGUGGAAUUUGGACUGAAAUUGAAAAAGCAGUAGAGAAAGGUGCUGCUAUUAAAGGGUAUUGUGUCUGGUCGUUUAUGGAUUCGUUGGAAUGGUCAAAAGGAUAUUUUGAUAAAUGGUUUGGUAUAUAUAAAGUGGACUUCAACGACCCAGAUAGACCCCGUACCAAGAAACAAUCAUUUGACUUCUUCCAACAUCUUUUCAAAUUCAAAGCAUUACCACCACCUAUUAAAUCUAAUAAAUAAUGUUUCUAUGAAAUUGGUUUAUUUUAGAUUUUUAGAGGACUUUAAUAGUUGUCGACAUUUAUUACCUAUGCUUAAAU